CCGGGGCAGGACUAUAUAACCCCAGAAGAGCUGCUCCAAGCACAUUCUCCUCCUCUUUUCCAUCUGGAGCUACUGCCUUGCCCCCAGGAGACCUAAGACAUGGCACCCAAGAAGGCCAAGAGAAGGGCAGCAGCAGAAGGGAGCUCCAAUGUCUUCUCCAUGUUUGACCAGACUCAGAUCCAGGAGUUCAAGGAGGCUUUCACUGUAAUUGAUCAGAACAGAGAUGGCAUUAUUGACAAGGAGGAUCUUCGGGACACCUUUGCGGCCAUGGGCCGUCUCAAUGUAAAGAAUGAGGAACUGGACGCUAUGAUGAAGGAAGCCAGUGGACCCAUCAACUUCACUGUCUUCCUGACCAUGUUUGGGGAAAAGCUUAAGGGUGCGGACCCUGAGGAUGUGAUCACUGGAGCCUUCAAGGUCCUGGACCCAGAAGGGAAGGGCACCAUCAAAAAGCAGUUCUUGGAGGAGCUGCUUACCACGCAGUGUGACCGAUUUUCCCAGGAGGAGAUCAAGAACAUGUGGGCAGCCUUUCCCCCAGAUGUGGGCGGCAACGUGGACUACAAGAACAUCUGCUAUGUCAUCACACAUGGUGACGCUAAGGACCAGGAAUAGGGGACCCAAGGUCUCAGAAGACCUAGAUAGGCUUAUAGCCGCUCCAACUCUCACCCUGACCCCCAAUAAAAGUCAACUGGUCUUUGUUUCUUA